CGUCCGUUGCGCUUCACCAGCUUCUGUUGUCAAGCCUGGGAUCAUAAAAUAGAACCUGGAUUAUCAGCUCCCCCCGAAAAACACCACGAGCUCAGGUCCUUAUUCUCUCUCUGCUGCGUAACCUCGACCUUCAAAUUCCCACCAGGUUUCGCUCGACUCCCCAAAUUCUCUCUCCCGCAGAUCAAAUUCGACUUCCUCCGAGUCCGAAUUUCACGCUUCCGUUCGAGUUAGGGUUUUUGGUGGCGAUUUGGGAACGGUUCUAGGGUUUGGAAGCUCGUAUGAGGUGAGAGACGGAUUUUUAGAAGGAAGAUGUUCUACUCGCAGUUUAUACUCGCGAAAAAGGGCACGCUUGGGACGAUAUGGAUUGCUGCUCACUUGGAGCGGAAGCUACGCAAGAACCAGGUCGCUGAUACCGAUAUUGGUGUCUCCGUUGAUUCAAUUCUUUUUCCUGAUGUACCAAUUGCACUGCGGUUGUCGAGCCAUCUUUUGCUUGGCGUGGUGAGAAUAUAUUCCAGAAAGGUGAAUUACCUUUUUGAUGAUUGCAGUGAGGCCUUGCUCAAGGUAAAGCAAGCUUUUCGCUCAACUGCUGUCGAUUUACCACCUGAAGAAUCUACUGCACCGUAUCACUCGAUAACGUUGCCUGAGACUUUCGAUCUCGAUGAUUUUGAGCUGCCGGAUAGUGACAUUCUUCAGGGCAACUAUGUUGAUCAUCAUGUCAGUACGAGGGAGCAGAUUACAUUGCAAGAUACGAUGGAAGGAGUGGUUUACUCCACAUCCAAGUUUGGAUUAGAUGAGCGAUUUGGGGAUGGUGAUGCUUCCGGGUUAGACCUUGAUGAGGAAAUAUUUCUGAACAAGGUUGCAGCUUCUGGACAUGCUGGAGUUAUGCUGGCUUCAGAUGCUGUGCCUUGUGCAUCUGCUCAAUCAAUGAGCCCUCUUGAGGAAGAUGAAAUCGAUGGGGGAAUCAAUGGAAACUCUAAGAUUGAUGGUCUUGCUGAGAAUACUGAUGGCAUCGAGUAUGCUCAGGCUCCGUGCACUCCAGGAUUGGUGGAAGAGCCAAACUUGUCCAAAACUCAAGAGGCUUCAGCAGGUGAUGAUCAACUGGAAUUGGUGGAAGAGCUGAAUUUCUCCAAUGUUCAGGAGGCUUCAGUAUGUGAUUAUGAUCCAGAAUCAGAAAAUCACCAUAUAACCAACUUUGCAGCUAAAGAGGACAUGACAAGCAUUACCAGUAACCCAGAUAACCAAUUAAAGUCACAGGGAGAUUCGCCGUCUACUGCUGGGAAUUCUGUUUUGGCUGAAGCAGUUAGAGCCAUUUCUCCAGGUUCUGAAUUUUCAUAUAGGAACCAUACUGCAUCUGACAGUGUAAAUGGGUUGCAACAGAAUGGAGUUGACAGCAACAAUGAGCUUGGUAGUCGCUCCAAUGAUGGGACCCAAACAGACCUUGUAGAACUCCGAGUUAGUUUGGAUGAAACGUCAUGUCCUAAUUUGUCUAAUGAAGUGCAUGUUGUGGAGAAUAAUUGCGGGAAGUCUUGCAUAUCCACCACCUGCCAGCCUGUGUCAGAAUAUGUUACAAAAACUAAUCAAGCAGUAGUUAGGCCAGAAGUUCCGAAUAAUGAGGUGAAUGCAGGAAACAUGGAAGAACAAUGCCCCACUAACAUUGAUGAAAAACUGGCAGCUGCUGAUAUUCAUGUUCUUCAGCCAUGCAAGCAUCUGAACCAAUUGAGUACAUUAAAUUUUGAAAGUGAUGUCUCAGCUGGUCCUCUCUUGCCAUCUGAUGUUUCAGGGCUAUGCUCAUUUGAGAUAUCUGGAGGGAAGGAGGCAACUCAUGCUUCUGGAGUUUCCACUAAUGUUGAAGGUGAAGGGUGUUUCACGAAACAUCACUUGGAGGAAAACAAAACAACGGAACCUGCUUCAAGUGCAGAGAUUCAGGCGGACAUUAACAAACAUACUGAUCAAGAUGUGGACGUGAUUUUAGGUGAUGGUAAAAUAGAUAGUAUAGCUGGGUCUGAGAAAUUUGAAUUACCUGCACCGGAAAAGUUGCUAUCUGUCCCAGAAGGGUUUGCUGAUCUACAGGAUAAUUUCAUGGAGUCCACACCUGACGGAGCACACUUGUUGUCUGGUGGUGGUGAUGAUGCUGGGAUCAACAUAAAUUCCCAAAAAAAGCGCAGUUUCACCGAAAGUACUCUGACUGUGCAGAGUCUAGAUUCAGUUGAAUCUUUGGCGGGUGCCCGAUCUAAAAGAACCAAGGAAUAUAUCCCUGAUGACGACGAUUUAUUGGCCUCCAUUCUAGUUGGAAGAAGAUCUUCAGUUCUGAAAAUUAUGCCCACACCUACUCCUCAACCGCAGGUAACACGAAUGAAACGCCAGCAGUCUGCACCCCGGGUUUCUGCUUCAAAGAGGAAGAUUCUUAUGGACGAUGCCAUGAUUUUGCAUGGCGAUGUUAUACGGCAACAGUUGACUAGUACUGAGGACAUACGUCGCACACGGAAGAAAGCUCCUUGCACCCGUCCUGAAAUUUGGAUGAUUCAGAAAGAGUUCUUGGAAGAUGAAAUAUUCAGUGAACCUAUAUUCACAGGUUUUUGUGGAGGAUUGGCUUUGUUGCACAGUCAAACAUAUGAUCUGAGUGAAAUCGUGAUAUCCCAAAUUGAUGCACAUAAUCCUUUUCUCGAAGCUGCAACAAAGGAACACGUGGCUGUACUAGAAGAUGUAACUAAUCCCUUUGAAGUAGCAACUAAUAUGGGGUUCUCAGUGGGGCCGAAUGUCCACAACGAUGCUGGAAUGGAUGGGACCAAUGAGUGCCUUGUAGGCGGAAAUCAUGUGCAAGCAGCGCAUCCUGAGAAUCAACAGGCUGAAGACCACGUCUUACGAUUGCAGGGUUAUGACACACCUUUGCAGAUGGAGGCUAUUUGUGAUGUUCCAGUUCCUGAUGCUGUAAAUCCUGGCAUUGAUUUUGUCUUUGAAUCAGCUUCCUCUCCCAAUUUUGGUUUUGGUUAUGAAAAUAACGUUUCAGCCGACUCUGCGCUUCGAUCAGCUUUGUUUGACAAGGCAGAGGAAAAUAAUGACUCUGCUGUCGUUGGAACAGCAGAGGCCAGAGUGAGGGAUGAAUUGUUGGAAGGAACUGAAGUUGGUUUAGGAAGUAGCGUCGACAUGCAAACUGCCUGUGGAGCAAAUCCUUCUCUUGCAACUUCUGCAGAGACUGGUUUGCCUAGUGACCAGGUGACUGUAACUAUUGGCACUGUCGAGGAAGUAAGUCGAAACGAGCACAGAAGUCUUCCAAAUGAAGAUGAGGUUCUUGUUCCAGAGUUGGGCUAUGACAUGGGCAAGAACCUGACCUCUUAUGGUUCUAAUGAAGAACUAAAACUUGCUUCUUCAUAUCCGGUGGAACUCAAUGUAGAUGUGAAUAAUAUCUCCUCAAAUGACGGUGAAUAUCCCGGGCCUCCUCCUGGCUAUUGGGAAGCUGAUCCACACUGCACAAUGGAAGCAGAUAUUUCUGUUGCUGCCCAUACUGCCACUGUUGAUUGCAGCGAUAUGGAAUAUGCAGUAGAUUGGCAUGAUACAGGGUUUCUAAAUGCUGAUGAUGAGGACUAUGCUGAGGACGAAGAGUGUAUGCCAAGUGCAGAGCAAACCAGCUUCCUGGAGAACAGCGGAUGGUCUUCCCGCAGCAGGGCGGUUGCCAAGUACCUUCAACUCUUGUUUGAGAAGGAAGCAGAGCAUGGAAGGAAGGUUCUUCCCAUGGACAACCUGUUGGUAGGAAAAACUCGUAAGGAGGCAUCGAGGAUGUUUUUUGAAGCAUUGGUUCUUAAAACUAGAGAUUACAUCCAUGUAGAGCAGGAAGCCCCUUUCGGAGACAUAAAUAUAAAGCCUCGAGUAAUGCUCAUGAAAUCGGACUUGUGAUCCUUUAGAUAGAUAAAGACGACACACUCUUGCAAAGAAUCAUAAGUACUAAUUAGCAGAAAGUUCAGUAAGUUAUGGGGUUUAUUCUUCCUUGUAUCAAUUCUUUUUCUAACGUAUCCGCUGUGAUGUAUCAUGUAAUUGGUAGUUUUUGCUUAGUCUAGUGGUGGAUCCAAGUGCCUCAUGUAUCCCUAUAGCGAUCGUAUAAAGUGAUGUAAUAUGAACCUUGUUUAUGUGUAUAUAAUCUGUCAUUUGCAGUUGGGUGCUAAUUUUAGCUGUUUAGCUAUUCGAAUAA